UCGUCGGGGCCGUGUGACAGCUCCCGCGUGCGGUCUCCACACUCCGUAUAUACCGAGUUCGAUCGUCGUCGGGAUAGCGGAACGAACCGCGCGCGCGUAACCGAGAGUAGAACGCGGCAUCGUAAUCUGGACUCGAGAGGUUUUCCGGGGAGGCCGGCGUUAUCCUCGGUGACGAGCAGCCGCCCGCGAGUGGCCCACGGGACUCGCUGUCGGCGAGUCGAUUCAUCGUCGAUCGACCGGCGUCAGCGAGACAAUAACAACAGCAGCAACAGCGUCAGUAGCAGCGGCCGAGCCAUGGCGGACGACCAGGAGAACAACACGUGCGAGGACUCCCUCGGGACCGGCGACUCCAAUACCGCUUUCGCCAAGAAAUUGCGGGGCCGAAAGGGCGCCCUCAAGAAGAAGAAUGUCUACAUGGUCAAGAAUCACAGCUUUAUGCCCCGAUUCUUCAAGCAGCCCACCUUCUGCAGCCAUUGCAAGGACUUCAUAUGGGGCUUUGGAAAACAGGGAUAUCAGUGCCAAGUCUGUAGUUUCGUCGUUCAUAAACGAUGUCACGAAUACGUGACCUUCACAUGUCCGGGAGCUGACAAAGGAGCUGACUCGGACGACACGCGGACGAAGCACCAAUUCAAGCAACACACCUACAACAGCCCCACCUUCUGUGACCACUGCGGUAGUCUUCUCUAUGGUGUCAUCCACCAGGGCAUGAAGUGCCAAGCAUGCGACAUGAACGUGCACAAGAGAUGCGAGGAGAGCGUGCCGAAUCUAUGCGGAUGCGAUCACACCGAAAGACGUGGUCGUAUACACCUGCACAUCACAUGUUCCGGUAGCAAGCUGUCCAUAGAAGUGCGAGAGGGACGAAAUCUCAUUCCGAUGGAUCCAAAUGGGCUGUCGGAUCCCUACGUUAAAUUGAAGCUAAUCCCGGAUUCGGACAACGUGAAGAAGAAAACAAAGACAAUCAAGUCGUGCUUAAAUCCAGAGUGGAACGAGACACUCUUCUUCGACCUCAAAUCCGAGGAUAAAGACAGACGGCUGUUGAUUGAGGUAUGGGAUUGGGAUCGAACAUCCAGAAAUGAUUUUAUGGGAUCUCUAUCGUUUGGCAUAUCGGAGCUUAUUAAAGCACCUGCAAGUGGGUGGUUCAAGCUCCUUACUCAAGAAGAGGGAGAGUUCUACAAUGUGCCUGUUCCUGAGGAAGGCGUCGAUCUCGUCGAACUUAAAACCAAAAUGCGGAAAACUUCGGUGACAAAAAAGACACACACGACCCAGGAUAAAGAUGUGCCGCACAACAUGGGCAAGAGCGAUCUGAUAAGAGCUAGUGAUUUCAAUUUCUUAAUGGUACUUGGCAAAGGCAGCUUUGGAAAGGUCUUACUGGCGGAGAGAAAGGGGACCGAUGAGCUGUACGCCAUCAAAAUCUUGAAGAAGGACAUCAUUAUACAAGACGACGAUGUGGAAUGCACAAUGGUCGAGAAACGUGUACUCGCGCUCUCGAGCAAACCUCCUUUCUUAGUGCAAUUGCAUUCCUGUUUUCAAACGAUGGAUCGCCUGUACUUCGUGAUGGAAUACGUGAACGGCGGCGAUCUGAUGUACCAAAUACAGCAGUGUGGCAAAUUUAAAGAGCCGGUGGCAGUAUUUUACUCAUCUGAGAUAGCGAUCGGUUUGUUCUUCUUGCACUCGCGUGGCAUCGUCUACCGCGACCUCAAGCUUGACAAUGUCUUGCUGGAUCAGGACGGUCAUAUAAAAAUCGCGGACUUUGGCAUGUGUAAGGAAGGCAUCACCGGUGACAAAACUACCAAGACUUUCUGCGGCACGCCUGAUUACAUAGCGCCCGAGAUUAUCCUAUAUCAACCUUAUGGAAAAUCUGUGGACUGGUGGGCUUACGGUGUAUUACUCUACGAGAUGUUAGUAGGUCAGCCACCGUUUGAUGGCGAAGAUGAAGAUGAACUUUUUUCUGCGAUCACGGACCACAACGUCAGUUACCCAAAGAGUCUGUCUAAAGAAGCCAAAGAAGUUUGUAAAGCGUUCCUCACAAAGAAUCCAAGCAAGAGACUAGGAUGUGGAAUGCGUGGCGAAGACGAUGUGCGAAGCCACGCAUUUUUCCGGCGUAUCGAUUGGGAGAAGAUAGAGAAUCGCGAAGUGCAGCCACCCUUUAAACCAAAAAUUCAACAUCGCAAGGAUGUAAGUAAUUUCGACAAGCAAUUCACUUCGGAGAAGACAGAUCUGACACCUACGGAUAAGCUAUUCAUGAUGAAUUUGGAUCAGACGGAAUUUAUGGGUUUCUCAUAUCUCAAUCCAGAGUUUGUGCAACACAUUUAAGCAAAUAUUUUUUUCUUAGAAUACCUAUUCUUCAUUCCUCAUAAUUCAUCUUUCUCUUCAUCAUUCAAAACUUUC